AUGCGGGCUACUAUCUCGCUGGCCGCACCCGUUACUGGCCCGGACGUUCCCUGGGCUGCGGACCCAUGGGAAGAUAUGCACGCCCUCGCACCCUCCGUGCCAUCUGUCGCCGCUACCACACCGGCUGCUCCAUUGCAACAGCAGAUCCUCAAGCUGCAGCAGAACAUGGAUGAAUUCAGAGCACCGAGGCAGCAAGUCAGUGACUUGAGUGUGAUUGAGAGCAUGGUGUUAAAUGAUCGCCUACGGUUGAUUGCAUGCCGUCGCAUGCUGGAGGGGUCGGCGGCAGUGUUGCUGCGCACGGUGCACAGCUAUGAAGAACUCAAAGCGAUCCUCCUCCGAGAGUUUGGACGCUCGCGCAGUGUGGAAGAGGUGUACCACGCUCUGCGGAGCCGGCGCAUUAAGGCAGGAGAAGGAUGCUUAAGAUUCGCAAUCGAGAUGCAGCAGAUUGCUAUGAACGCUCCGAUAUCGAAGAACGAGUUGGUCGAUAUGAUCAUCGAUGGAUUGCGGGAUAACUCUACUCGAGUCAGCAUGCUGUAUUCAGCGCGCACGGUGGCCGAACUGAAGCCCCUACUGGAGCGAUACGAGCGUUUCCGUAUGCAGGCGGCUGCCUCCAAGCAAAGUCUCAGCGUGAAAGUACAGCCAACAACAGCUGCUUCGUCGUUUGGAAAUAAAUCCUCAAGCACUGCAACAAGUGAAACCCGAUGUUUUAAGCCGAUGCCCGAAGCGAUAAGACCUCCAAAUUCCUGCUUCAAGUGUGGCAUAGUGGGCCACGUUCAUAAAAACUGCCCGUCUCGGAUGGGAACUGCCGCCGCCACCACUGCCGACGCCGCUCCUGAUGAUGUAGGGGAUAUAUUGAACCAUCUACAACUGGUUGUGGGGAAUUGGCACCUUAGCGAUAGUAAUAAUAGCAACAUCACCUUUAACUUUUAG